UUAUAAAUUGUAUUAUCUAUUUGAAAUAGUUUUACAGGAUUUUUGGACUUAAAUCUUUGAUGGGUCGCUCAUCGUAGGGAUUUUUUGAAUUGGAUAUUCUAGGUUUUCUAGUUCUUGCGUCCCAUAUUUUUGUGAAUAGUCACUGUUUCAUUGAUACUGGUUUGUGCUUUUCUACUUCGAGGAUUUUUUUUUUGCUGAGGAGAGAUUUGAGUGGUCCUUAAUAGUUGGGUCUCCCCGUUUUCUGAUUAAACGCAUGGGUUUCCAAUGAUUUCACUGUUCAAUGUUGCUUCAAAACAAUUUCACUUUGCCUGAUGGGUGCUGGUAAUUUUCUCUAAGUCUUUGGUUAUUUGGGUUUGAAAGUGGAAUCUUUUGUUGUUGUUGUUGUUGUUGCUGUUGGGUUGGAUGGCUAUUGGGUGAAUUUGAAGCAAAGCUGAUAAAAUGAGAAGACAAGUCAUCUUUUUGUUUAAUUUUUGAGUUUGUUGAGAGAGGACAAGUAUUUCUGGGUAUAAGGGGCUCUUGCCUGCUGCAUCAACAAUAUGCAGUAGAACUUUGUUCUGGAUAAAUGUUCUUUGAUUAGAUAGAGCUGGAAUCCCAGAUAUUGUGAUGGAAAAAAGGAAAUGGUUGUGGAAGAGGAAGUCAUCGGAGAGAAGCCCGGGCGAAACUGAAAGUUCAGGAUCAAUAUCUUCACAAUCUGAGAGAUUCUCUGAUGAACAGCAGGACAACUUGAAGGCAUCUCCUAAUAAUGAAACUCAAUCUCCAGAGGUUACAUCAAAAACUGUAGUGAGGGAUGAAGAUGUCAAUGAUAGUGUUAGGAUUCUAACAGAGAAGUUAUCAGCUGCCCUUGUGAAUGUUAGUGCCAAAGAUGACUUGGUAAAGCAGCAUUCCAAAGUUGCUGAAGAGGCUGUUGCAGGAUGGGAAAAGGCUGAAAAUGAAGUAGCAGCUUUGAAGAAACAACUUGAAGCUGCUAUUCAGCAGAACUGUGCUCUGGAAGAUCGGGUGAGUCAUCUUGAUGGGGCACUAAAGGAAUGUGUAAGGCAGCUAAGACAAGCAAGAGAAGAGCAUGAGGAAAAGGUCUACGAGGCUGUGACAAAGAAGACAAUUGAAUGGGAAUCCGUUAAAUCUGAACUUGAAAAUCAGCUUCUUGAACUGAAGACAAAAGCAGAAGCUACUAAGUCAGAAUCUCCGCCUCAAAUUGUUCCGGAUCUAUGGCAUAAGCUUGAAUAUUUGGAGAAAGAUAAUGCAUCCCUGAAGCUUGAAAUCCUGUCUUUAUCUGAGGAGUUGGAACUCAGAAUAAUUGAAAGGGACUUGAGUACUCAAGCAGCUGAAACAGCAAGCAAGCAACAUUUGGAUAGCAUAAAGAAGGUAGCAAAACUCGAGGCUGAGUGUCGGAGGCUAAAAGCCGUGGCUUGCAAAUCAUCAUCACUUAAUGAUCAUAAAACUUCUAUUGCCUCCUCAAUGUAUGUUGAAUCCCUCACUGAUAGUCAAUCAGACAGUGGGGAGAGGCUUAAUGCAGUGGAGCUGGAUGCUCACAAAAUAAGUUGCUUGGAACCAUCCAAAUGUGAGCCAAGUUGCUCAGACUCAUGGGCAUCUGCAUUGAUUGCUGAGCUUGAUCAAUUCAAGAAUGAAAAAGCUGUUAAUCGAAAUCUUCCAGCCUCAUCAAUUGAAAUUGAUCUCAUGGAUGAUUUUCUUGAAAUGGAACGACUUGCUUCUUUGCCUGAGAAUGAAAGUGGAACUCAUCAAUCUGAACCAGAACCUGUUGCCACACAAUCUACUGAUGUAGAAAGCUCAUUACGAGCUGAGCUUGAAAUAAUGAUUCAUCGGACAGCUGAGUUGGAAAAACAGCUACAGAAGAUGGAAGGGGAAAAAGUUGAAUUGGAAGAAAAGUUAGAGAAAAUACUAGUAGAAAGAACUGAAUUGGAGAUGUCCCUCACCAUAAGUCGGGAAAAGAAUGAAGAAUUUCAAAUUCAACUGGGGGAGGCUGAACUAAAGAUGAAGCAGCUGCACCAGGAAUUAUCUAUCGCUAAUGAAUCAAAGCAACAAAUUGAAUCUCAACUUGUUAGCAUGGAAGUGGAGGCCCGGACCAUGGCUUCAAAGGUUGAUUCAUUAGAAGCAGAGUUGGAAAAAGAGAAGGUUCUAUCAGCAGAACUUGCUGUCAAGUGUCGGACACUAGAAGAAGAGCUCUCUGAAAAGAACAAGGAAGUCGAACUCCAGAAAUCUGCUAGCUCAAAUGGUGAACUGAAGAUAAAACAGGAGGACUUAGCUGUAGCUGCUGGGAAACUUGCUGAAUGCCAGAAAACAAUAGCAUCUCUAGGGAAGCAACUGAAAUCUCUAGCAACCUUAGAGGACUUCUUGAUUGACACGGCAAGCCUGCCAGAAUUCACUGCAGGAGGAGCAUUGAUGCCUAAAGCUACUGAAGAACCAUGGAAGUUGCAUUCUAGUGACACAUUAUCACCUAAAAGGGAUUCCAGCUCUUCAAGAAUAGCCAGUGAGAAUUCUGGUCCUUCAGUGAAUAAAAAUGAAGGGCACUCGACCCCCUCAUCAUCAUCAUCAGCUUCAUCAGUCUCAUCGAUUCACAUUAAUUCUGAGAAGAACCGAAAUGGCUUCGCAAAAUUUUUCUCUCGAAACAAGAAUGGAAUACAGCUAGAAAUUUAGCAAGUAGGAAAAGAGGAAAAACAAACUAUAUAUGGUUUCUUGAUUGUAAAAGCAGGAAACUUGUUAAGCAGUUGAUUAAGUGCUAUUUAAUCAUCAGUAGUACUUGUUCUACUUGAUUUAAUUAUACAUAAUGAUGUUUAGGAAUUCCACAUUCGAGCAAAUUUCAAAUGUUUUGGUCAUGUAUUCAUAUACAGCAUUGAAAAUGCUUCUGUUGUUUUCAGGAUUAA